AUGAUUUACUCUGUUUGGAAUGUCAGGGGCCUGAAUGACCCUGGCAAAGUUGCCUCUGUAAGGAGGUUGAUUCACUCUCAUUCAGUUGAUGUUGUUGGAUUGCUUGAAACAAAAAUCAAAUUGAAAAAUGUUCUCGCUUAUCAGAAGAAGUUUGGCUCUUCUUGCCUUUGGUUGUGUAAUUAUGAUCAUUCUCCCAAAGGGAGGAUUUGGCUUGGUUGGAAUGUGGAUAGAGUAACUGUUAAUGUCUUGAAGAUUCAUGAACAAUUCAUUCAUUGUACUGUUUCUUCUAAGGAUCUCUCUACUCAAAUUUUUCUCACUGUUGUCUAUGGUCUUCACUCCAUUCAUGAUAGACUUUCUUUGUGGGAGGGGCUCAGAAGCAUCUCUAUCCAGCAUUCUCCUUGGCUUCGUGUUGGUGAUUAUAACUCUAUUCUUCAUGCUUCUGAUAGGCUUCAUGGUGCUGAUGUUACUGAUUAUGAGACUAGAGACUUUCAGAAUUUGGUUGAUGAUUUGGACCUCACUGAGCUCAAAAGCAAAGGGUCCUUCUACUCUUGGUCUAAUAAGGCUCAUACUGGCCCUAGAACGCUCUCUAGACUUGAUAGAGCCUUUGGUAAUCAAGCUUGGUUAGCUUCUCAUGGGCAUGUGGAGACUGUGUAUCUCCCUCCUUCUUUAUCUGAUCAUAGUCCAGUUUUGCUGGAUAUUUGCUUUGGCCCUGUUGGGAAAGGUAGACCUUUCCGGUUUCUUAAUUGUGUUGCUGAUCACCCUGAUUUUCUUGAUACUGUUUCGCAGGCUUGGGGCUCUGGUAGUUCUGUUUGGCAGAAGCUCAAAUCUGUGAAGGCUAGUAUCAAAUCUUUUACUAGCAAGUAG